AACCCAGAAACUCAAUCCCCCAACACCAUGGUCAGCUCCUGUUGUGGCUCCACCGGCUGUGGCCAAAGCUGUGGUUCUGGCUGCUGUCAGCCCUGCUGCCGCCCCUGCUGCUGUUUGACCAGCUGCUGCCAGCCCUGCUGCCGCCCCAGCUGCUGCGGGUCCAGCUGCUGCCAGCCCUGCUGCCGCCCCUGCUGCUGCAUUUCUAGCUGCUGCCAGCCCUGCUGCCGCCCCAGCUGCUGCGGGUCCAGCUGCUGCCAGCCCUGCUGCCGCCCCAGCUGCUGCGGGUCCAGCUGCUGCCAGCCCUGCUGCCGCCCCCGCUGCUGCAUUUCUAGCUGCUGCCAGCCCUGCUGCCGCCCCAGCUGCUGCGGGUCCAGCUGCUGCCAGCCCUGCUGCCGCCCCAGCUGCUGCGGGUCCAGCUGCUGCCAGCCCUGCUGCCGCCCCAGCUGCUGCAUUUCUAGCUGCUGCCAGCCCUGCUGCCGCCCCUGCUGUUGCAGGACCACUUGCUGUAGAACCACCUGCUGCCGCCCAGCCUGCUGUGGGUCAUCGUGCUGCUGA